UCCAGGUCUAAUCCAAACACUGUCAUUGGAAGACAAGACACGAUAGGCUCGACUUUGCCGACCCCGAAUACAUGUGAGAGCACUAGAGGUCAAUCAUUGUAUCACACAUUUCGUCUCCCUAAUCUCGCCGCCCCUCAGUGUAGAAAGCUGAACUGCCCACCUAGAUAUUAAAAGUCCCCUUAGCCAUAACAGCACCUCCAAAACAUCCCUCAGAUAGAGAAGCACCAUGCGCAUGAUCCACCCCAUCUCCACCAUAACACCAAACUUCCCGCCCACCACACCCUCUACAGCCAACAAGCCUGGCCCUUACAAAAAGCCACAUCUGCAUCUCUCGCAAACACGCAAGUACUGUACACAGCAUCACAAUCAUACACCCCAAACACCGUAACCAGGAUUUUCAGCAUCGUGAUAGCAAAAGCUGAGCAGAAAUUGUGCAUUGGGUGUUUUGAGUGGUGUACUCUGCAGUGACGCGGCAGGAUUGUUCGGUUUGCCAGCAGAUUUCGCAGGUGUUGCGGACGGAGGUGCAGUGGUAAGGGUCUAGGUGGGGUCGGUGGUGAUGCAGGUGGUGUAUGCGAUGUUGCAGUCGAAGGGGGUGCUUUGGAUCAUUGUAGGGGCAGCGAUGGCGAAUACGGUCAUGAGCAAGGCGAAGAUGAAAUUGGAAAUCAUCUUGGAAUGAUGACAUGUCUGAUGAUGCAAGACUUGAAUAGUCUUGUAGGUCAACAGCUUUGGAAAUGCUAGUAGUGAGUGCGUUUAAAAUCUGGUGGUAGCUUACUCUUUAUCAGGACAUUUUUCUUGACCUAG